CGUGUCGAGGGAUGCUGUGCGGGUUCGGGGCAGUGUGCGAGAGGAGCUCCACCGACCCUUCCCAGGCCUCCUGCGUCUGCAAGAAGACAGCUUGCCCCGUCGUGGUGGCUCCUGUCUGCGGCUCUGAUUAUUCCACCUACAGCAACGAGUGUGAGCUGGAGAAGGCCCAGUGCAACCAGCAAAGGCGGAUCAAAGUCAUCAGCAAGGGCCCGUGCGGCUCCAAGGACCCCUGCGCAGAGGUGACCUGCAGCUUCGGCAGCACGUGCGUCCGCUCCACUGACGGCCAGUCGGCCAAGUGCGUCUGUCCGUCGUCCUGCAGCGGCGUGCCCGAGAGCACGGUGUGCGGCAGUGACGGCAAAGACUACCGCAGCGAGUGCGACCUCAAUAAGCACGCCUGCGACAAGCAAGAGAACGUUUUCAAGAAGUUCGAUGGUGCCUGUGACCCGUGUAAAGCCAUCCUCAACGACAUGAAUCGUGUUUGCCGGGUGAACCCCCGCACCCGAAGGGUGGACCUGCUCUCCCGCCCCGAGAACUGUCCCGCAAAGAGGGAGCUUGUGUGCGGUGAUGACGGGGUGACUUACGACAACGAGUGCGUGAUGGGGCGCUCGGGGGCCAUCCGAGGACUGGAGAUCCAGAAGGUGCGUUCAGGGCAGUGCCAGCAUCAGGACAAAUGCAAGGAUGAAUGCAAGUUCAACGCUGUCUGCCUGAACCGCCGCGGCACCACUCGCUGCUCCUGUGACCGCAUCACCUGCGAUGGUGCCUACCGACCCGUCUGUGCCCGGGACAGCCGGACCUACAGCAACGACUGCGAGCGCCAGAAGGCCGAGUGCCACCAGAAAGCUGCCAUCCCAGUAAAGCACAGUGGACCCUGUGACCUGGGCACACCCAGCCCGUGCCUGAGCGUGGAGUGCACCUUCGGGGCCACGUGCGUGGUGAAGAACCAGGAGGCCGUGUGCGAGUGCCAGCAGGUGUGCCAGGGCCGCUACGACCCCGUGUGCGGCACCGACAACCGCACCUAUGGCAACCCCUGCGAGCUUGACUCCAUGGCCUGUGUCCUCAAGAGAGAGAUCAAAGUGAAACACAAGGGACCCUGCGACCGCUGUGGCAAGUGCCAGUUUGGGGCCAUCUGCGAGGCGGAGACGGGAAGGUGCGUGUGCCCCACGGAGUGCGUUCCCUCCUCUCAGCCCGUGUGCGGCACAGAUGGCAACACGUACGGCAGCGAGUGUGAGCUCCACGUCCGGGCGUGCACGCAGCAAAUGAACAUUUUGGUGGCUGCCCAAGGAGACUGCAAAUCCUGCGGCAGCACAGUGUGCUCCUUCGGCAGCAAGUGCGUGGGCGGGCAGUGCGUGUGCCCGCGCUGCGAGAGGCAGCCCUUCGCUCAGGUCUGCGGGAGCGAUGGCCUCACCUACGACAACCAGUGCGAGCUGCAGGUGGCCUCCUGCCAGCAGAAGAAGAGCAUUGAGGUUGCCAGGAUGGGGCCGUGUGAGGAUGAGUGCGGCUCAGGGGGCUCGGGCUCCGGCGACGGUAGUGAGUGUGAACAGGACCGGUGUCGGCAGUAUGGGGGCUGGUGGGAUGAGGAUGCAGAGGAUGACCGCUGUGUGUGUGACUUCACCUGCCUGGCAGUGCCACGCAACCCGGUGUGUGGCUCUGAUGGUGUGACCUACACCAACGAGUGUGAGCUGAAGAAGACACGGUGUGAAAAACGCCAGGAUCUCUAUGUCACUAGCCAAGGAGCCUGCCGCGCCCUUGCCACAACCCCACCACCUCUCCCGGUCGUGCACUGCAGCCAGACCAUCUAUGGAUGCUGCCCAGACAAUAUGACCUUGGCGCUUGGAGUGGGCGCAGCUGGAUGCCCAAGUACCUGCCAGUGCAACCCCUAUGGCUCCUACGGGGGAGCCUGCGACCCUGCCACAGGGCAGUGCUCCUGCAAGCCAGGCGUGGGGGGGCUGAAGUGCGACCGCUGCGAGCCCGGCUUCUGGAACUUCCGCGGCAUCGUCACCGACAGCAAAAGCGGCUGCACGCCCUGUAACUGUGACCCGGUGGGCUCAGUGCGUGAUGACUGUGAGCAGAUGACUGGACUGUGCUCCUGCAAGACUGGUAUUACUGGCAUGAAAUGCAACCAGUGCCCCAACGGCAGCAAGCUGGGCAUGACUGGCUGCGAGAAAGACCCAUCAGCCCCAAAAUCCUGUGAGGAAAUGAGCUGCGAGUUUGGGGCCUCGUGCGUGGAAGUCAACGGCUUUGCCCACUGCGAGUGCCCGUCCCCGCUCUGCUCGGAGGCCAACAUGACCAAGGUGUGUGGCUCUGAUGGUGUCACGUAUGGGGACCAGUGCCAGCUGAAGACCAUCGCCUGCCGGCAGGGACAGGUCAUCACAGUGAAGCACGUGGGGCAGUGCCACGAGUCCAUCACUCACACCAGCCACACCUCACCGCCCACACCGUUGCCCACACUGCCGUUGGACAAGUUAAUCCUUCCUCCGCCACUACGGCUCACCACCCGGGCUCCAGAACCCACCGAGCUGGCUACCAGCUCCCUGCUGUUGGAAGCCAGGCCUACUGAAAGAGGUCACCCUACAACGAGGCGCGUCACAACUGCCAGACCAGCCACUACACCAUGGAUGACCCACGGGGUGUAUAAGACCACCGUCCGCCCUCUCUCCACCGCACCAGUGGUCCUGGCCACCACCCGGCCUGCCUACGCGGAAUCAGGCAGUGCAGAAGGCAGUGGAGACCAAGAGAUGGGCACCAGUGGAGACCAGGAAUCUAGCGGGGCAGGCUCUGCCGGGGAAGAGGAGGUGGAGGAAAGCCAGGUAACUUCCACCCCAGCCAUCGAGAGGGCGACGUGUUACAACACCCCGCUGGGAUGCUGCUCUGAUGGCAAGACCGCGGCUGCUGAUGCAGAAGGCAGCAACUGCCCGGCUACCAAAGUCUUCCAAGGAGUCCUCAUCUUGGAGGAGGUGGAAGGCCAGGAGCUGUUCUACACACCUGAGAUGGCUGACCCCAAGUCAGAGCUCUUUGGGGAGACGGCCAGGAGCAUUGAGAGUGCGCUGGAUGAGCUUUUCCGCAAUUCUGACGUUAAGAAGGAUUUCAAGAGCAUCCGUGUCCGAGACCUGGGGCAGAGCAGCGCUGUCCGUGUCAUUGUGGAGUCCCACUUUGACCCAGCCACUUCCUACACGGCAGCUGAUGUUCAAGGGGCCCUGCUGAAGCAGAUCAAAGCUUCCAAGAAGAAGACCAUCCUGGUGAAGAAGCCCCAGCAAGAACAUGUCAAAUUCAUGGACUUUG